ACCCUGCAUUGGGACUCCCAGAACCCCCCCCGACGCCCCCAGGACCCCCCUGACACCCCCUCAGCAAUGGAGACCCUGAGACGUUGCUUCCAUGGACGGCCCCCGGGGGGAGGGGCGGUGUCCUACUCCCGGCACCGGGACCCCCGGGGCGGGGGAGGGGAGCAGGACGACGAAGGGGACCCCAUUGUGCGGCUGCCCCGCCCCGGGCCACGCCCACGGCGCAGGCCACGCCCACCGCCCCGCCCACGGCUCCACCCCCUCGCCACCCUGGCCUUGGCUCCGCCUCCGCCUUCCUCGCCGGGCUGCUGGUGGCUGGGAUUGGGCAUGUCCCCUGCGGGGGCGGGGCAGGGGCGGGGCCUCCCGGGUCCGGCCCCGCCCCAGAGGAGGUGGAGGGCGUGGCCAGCGACGAGGCCCCGCCCACGUGGCCCCGCCUGCGGGAGCUGCUGCGGCGGCACCUGCGGGAGGAGCGGGUGGAGGCCUGGGUGCGGGAGGUGAGCGCGGGGCCGCACGGGCGGGGUCGGAGCGGGGGCGGGGCCUGGCGCAGGCCGUGCUCAGCGCCAUGGUGGGGGCGGGGCUGAGCCGGGCCUGGAGCCGCCCCCAGCCCCUCCCCCUGCCCACACGGGGGUCGGCGUCGCUGCUGUGGGUGGACGCGGGGGGGCGGGAGCUGGAGCGGCUCCGCCUCGACCCCGAGGCCUUCUGCGCCUGGAGCGCCCCCGGCAACGCCACGGGGGGGCUGGUGUACGGGCACUACGGGCGCCCCCAGGACCUGGCGCUGCUGCGGGCGCGGGGGGUGUCGCCCCGCGGGAACCUCCUGCUGCUGCGCCUGGGGCGGGGCCCCCCCGCCAGCAAGGUGGCGGCGGCGGCGGGGGCAGGGGCCAUCGGGGUGCUGCUGUACCCCGACCCCCAGGACACGGCGGGGCCGGGGGGGGGCCCCGGGCUCGGGGGGGACACGGCUGUGACCGUGCACGUGCAGGAGGGUUCGGGGGACCCCUACAGCCGGGGGUUCCCCUCCUUCACCGGCCGGGCGCCCCCCCGCCGCCCCCCGGGGCUCCCCCCCAUCCCCGCCCACCCCCUCAGCGCCGCCACCGCCGCCCGCCUGCUGCGGGUGCUGGGGGGCCCGCGGGCGCCGGCGCGGUGGGGACCCCCCGGUCGGGGGCUCCGGUACCGGCCGGGCCCGGGGGGGCGGCGCCUGCGGCUGAGCGUGGCUGCGGGGACGAGGCCGGGGACCCUCACCAGCGUCUUCGGGGCCCUCGAGGGGCGGCUGGAGCCCGACUGUUACAUCAUCGUGGGGGCGCAGCGGGAUUCGCUGGGGCCGGGGGCGGCGGCCUCGGGGGUCGGCACCGCCCUCCUGCUGGAGCUCGCCCACCUCUUUGCCGCCAUGGGGCGGGACGGGUUCCAGCUCCGGCGGACGUUGCUCUUCGUCAGCUGGGACGGGGGCGAAUUCGGGCAUUUGGGGGCCACCGAGUGGCUGGAGGGCUACCCCAACCUCCUCCACACCAAAGCGGCCGCUUACAUCAGCCUGGACCAAGCCGUGCUGGGUGACGACCGUUUGGUGGCCAAAACCAGCCCCACCCUGGUGAACCUCAUCGAAAGCGCCCUCAGCCAGGUGGAGAGUCCCAACGAGGGCGGGAAAAGCCUCUUGGAGCAGGUGACGAGGCCGGGACGGGCCUGGGAGAGCGACGUGAUCCGGCCGCUGCCCCCCGAAAGCGGCGCCUUCCCCUUCACCGCCGCCGCCGGGGUCCCGGCCGUGGAGCUCGGCUUCGAUGAGGCGCCCGGCGGGUGGUCGCGCGCGGCGCUGGGGACCCGCGAGGACACGCUGGGGCGGCUGCAGGGGCGGCUGCGGGGGCGGCUGCCGGCGGUGGCCCGGGCGGUGGUCGCGGUGGCCGCCCAGCUCCUGCUGCGCCUGGCGCACGACGCCCGCCUGCCCCUCGACCCCGGGGCGCUGGGGGACGCGCUGCUGCGCCGCCUGGCGCCCCUCCAGGCGCAGGGACUGUCCCUGCAGUGCCUGUCCUCGGCCCGCGGUGACGUCGUCCGGGCGGCCGAGACGCUGCGCCGGGAAAUGGCCGGCUCGGAGGGGACCAACGAGCGCCUCAACCGCGGCUUCAACGCCCGCAUCAUGGCCGCCGAGGCCUCGCUCCUGUCCCCCUUCGUGUCCCCCCUGGCCGCCCCGUUCCGCCACGUGCUGCUGGGCCGCGGGGGCCACACGCUGCCGGCGCUGGCGGCGCGGCUGGGGGGCGGGCGGGGGGCGCGGGGGGCCGCCGCCCGCCGCCGCCUGGCCCUGCUCGCCUGGACCCUGCAGGGCACGGCCGGCGCCCUGGCCGGGGACGCCUGGCGCCGCGGGGACGUCGGCGACCGCGGGGACAUCUGGGACCAGGGGGGGCUGGGGGACGGGGGGGAGCACGGGGACCCCGGGGGCCGCGGUGGCCCCGGGGACAACGGGGACUACGGGGACAACGGGGACUACGGUGGCCCUGGGGACGGCUGGGACUAUGGGGACUAUGGGGACCGCGGUGGCCCUGGGGACCGCGGUGGCCCUGGGGACAACGGGGACUAUGGGGACUAUGGGGACCAUGGUGGCCCUGGGGACCGCGGUGGCCCUGGGGACAACGGGGACUAUGGGGACACACGGGAUCGUGGUGGCCCUGGGGAUCGUGGUGGCCUCGGGGACAAUGGGGACCUCUGGGACUAUGGGGACUAUGGGGACAUCUGGGAUGUUGGUGGCCUCGGGGACAACGGGGACAUCUGGGAUCAUGGUGGGCCUUGGUGACACCUGGGACCGUGGGGACAACGGGGGCCUCGGGGAUGGGGGGGAGCACGGGCACCCUGGGGACCGCGGUGGCCCUGGGGACAAGGGGGACUAUGGGGACAACGGGGACACGUGGGAUCGUGGGGGCCCUGGGGACCAUGAGGGCGCUGGGGACCUGGGGGACAACGGGGACCUUGGGGACCCCGGGGGGACCUUGGGGACACCUGGACAACGGGGCCCCCCAGGGCCCCCCCCGGGACAUUGGGGACCCCCUGACCUGGGGGGGGGGAGGGGGACACCCCCCCCACCCGGGUCCCCCCAGCCCCGCCCCCCCCCCCCCCCCGCCAGCCCUUGACCUGCUCCUCCCCCGCCCCGGUGGGACCCAGGCAUGGGGGCAGCCCGGCCCCGCCCCCUCAUUUGCAUACCACGGGCAGCGCUUUAAUUGGCUCCGACUUCGGGCCAUAAAUUAACAGAAUCGUUUAAAAAACAAAAUAUAUAAAAAUAAUAAAAAGCACCUGGGGGGCCCCGCCCACCCGGGCCCCGCCCACCCGGGCUCCA